CUUCUGACUAUCUUCUUUGCAUCUAAUGGGUUUCUCGUUUCCUUUUCAUCUCAAGGAUCUGAUGAACUUUCACUAACUGAAACUUUCCUUUUUUAUUUUUUUUCCUCGAGAUUUGUGUUUUGAUCUUGUUUGUCUCAGUGAAAGCUAUAGCUUAGCACUACACUGAACCUUAUUCACAUGCUGUAGAGAGUUUACACAAACACAAACACACACACACAAGGAGACAUGGUAUCAAGAUCCUAUUCCAACCUCUUGGAUCUCGCUUCAGGCAACUUCCACUCCUUCUCCCGGGAAAAGAAGAGGUUCCCAAGAGUAGCAACCGUCACAGGCGUCUUAUCCGAGCUAGACGACGACGCCAACAGCAACAGCGUCUGCUCCGACGCUCCAUCCUCCAUCGCGCAAGACCGAAUCAUCAUCGUUGGAAACCAGCUCCCCAUCAAAUCCCAUCGCAACCCAUCCGGUAAACUCACCUUCACCUGGGACAACGACUCCCUCCUCUUGCAGCUCAAAGACGGCAUGCGCGAAGACAUGGAAGUCGUCUACAUCGGCUGCCUCAAAGACCAAGUAGACCCAUCCGAGCAAGACGACGUCUCCCAAAGACUCCUCGAGAAUUUCAAAUGCGUCCCUGCUUACAUCCCGCCUGAGAUAUUCACCAAGUACUACCACGGCUUCUGCAAGCAGCAUCUAUGGCCCUUGUUUCACUACAUGCUUCCUCUAAACCCUGAUCUCGGAGGCAGGUUCGACCGCUCCUUAUGGCAAGCGUACCUCUCCGUUAACAAGAUCUUCGCUGACAAAGUCAUGGAAGUGAUUAACCCUGACGAUGACUUCGUUUGGGUUCAUGACUACCACUUGAUGGUUCUGCCUACUUUCUUGCGGAAGAGGUUUAACAGAGUGAAGCUAGGGUUCUUCCUCCACAGCCCCUUCCCUUCUUCAGAGAUUUACCGAACUCUCCCUGUCAGAAACGAGCUCUUACGCGCCCUACUCAACGCUGAUCUGAUUGGCUUUCACACCUUUGACUACGCGAGGCACUUCCUCUCUUGCUGCAGCAGGAUGCUAGGCUUGUCCUACCAGUCCAAAAGAGGAACCAUAGGGCUUGAGUACUACGGCAGAACGGUCAGCAUCAAGAUCCUCCCCGUCGGGAUCCACACCAGCCAGCUUCAGUCGAUUCUAAACCUCCCCGAGACUCAGACCAAAGUCGCUGACCUUAGAGACCAGUUCUCGGACCAGAAGGUCCUCCUCGGCGUCGACGACAUGGACAUCUUCAAAGGAAUCAGCCUCAAGCUCCUGGCUAUGGAGCAGCUUCUCCAGCAGCAUCCGGAGAAGCGAGGACGAGUUGUACUCGUCCAGAUCGCCAACCCCGCGAGAGGCCGCGGGAAAGACGUCCAGGAGGUUCGGUCCGAAACCCUAGCCACCGUUAAACGGAUCAACGACACGUUCGGAAGGCCAGGGUACCAGCCUGUGUUUCUCAUCGAUGAACCGCUUCAGUUCUACGAGAGGAUCGCUUACUACGUGAUCGCAGAGUGUUGUCUUGUCACCGCAGUGAGAGACGGUAUGAAUCUUAUCCCUUAUGAGUAUAUCAUCUGCAGACAAGCUAACCCCAAGCUCAACGAGACGUUAGGACUCGACCCUUGCGCUGCGAAGAAGAGCAUGCUUGUAGUCUCCGAGUUCAUCGGUUGCUCUCCUUCUCUAAGCGGCGCCAUUAGAGUGAACCCGUGGAACAUCGACGCGGUCACCGAGGCUAUGGACUACGCGUUGACAGUUUCGGAAGCGGAGAAGCAAAUGCGUCACGAGAAGCAUCACAAGUACGUGAGCACCCAUGAUGUUGCCUACUGGUCGCGCAGCUUUAUACAGGAUCUCGAGAGGGCGUGCGCGGAGCACGUGAGGAAGAGGUGCUGGGGGAUAGGGUUCGGGUUAGGGUUUAGGGUUGUGGCGCUUGAUCCGAGUUUUAAGAAGCUUUCUAUUGAGCACAUUGUCUCGGCUUAUAAGAGGACCAAGAAGAGAGCUAUUCUUGUGGAUUACGAUGGCACGAUGGUGCAGCCUGGGUCCAUUAGGACGACGCCUAGCAUCCAAACGAUCGAGACCUUGAACAAGCUGUCGAGUGACCCCAAGAAUAUCGUUUAUCUCAUCAGCGGGAAAGAUCGAAAGACGCUAACCGAAUGGUUUUCCUCUUGUGGUGAUCUUGGUUUGGCCGCAGAGCAUGGAUACUUUAUAAGGCCAAAUGAUGGAACAGAGUGGGAAACAUCGAGUUUAGUGUCGGCUUUUGAGUGGAAACAAAUAGCAGAGCCAGUGAUGAGACUCUACACUGAGACGACAGAUGGAUCAACAAUAGAGACUAAAGAGACUGCUCUCGUUUGGAACUACGAGUUUGCUGAUCCUGACUUCGGAUCUUGUCAAGCUAAAGAGCUUAUGGAACACUUAGAAAGCGUGCUCACGAAUGAUCCAGUCUCUGUCAAAACCGGACAACAACUCGUUGAAGUUAAACCACAGGGUGUGAACAAAGGUCUUGUGGCAGAGAGGCUUCUAACGACGAUGCAGGAACAAGGGAAGCUGUUGGAUUUCAUUCUAUGCGUGGGAGAUGAUCGGUCUGAUGAGGAUAUGUUUGAGGUGAUAAUGGGUGCUAAAGAUGGUCCUGCUUUAUCUCCAGUGGCUGAGAUCUUCGCUUGCACCGUUGGUCAAAAGCCAAGCAAAGCUAAGUACUACUUAGACGACACUGCAGAGAUCAUCAGAAUGCUUGAAGGUCUAGCCACCUCUGAUCAAACCUCUUCAACCGUGGAUGUUCCAACAAAAGAUAUCUUCUAAGGAUUUGUUAAACGUGAGCUUAAUUAAGAGUUUGUUGUUAUGACUUGUGUGUAUGGUUUUCAAGUUUAGGAAUGUAUUUUCUUUACUGUGUUGGAUUAACGCAAGUGACAAAACACAUGAUUAAGAUUAAGGUAAGCAACUC